AUGAGCAAAUAUACAGUGAAAUACCUUGAAGAUAAACUGACCAAAGAACUUGAGGCCCAAUAUGUACAUGCGGUUGAUGAUUCGGAUGGUUGUGGUGCCAAAUUCAGUGUCAUAAUUGUAUCGGAAAAAUUCAAGGGCCUAAAAAUGCUGCAGAAACAUCGUUUAGUCAACACCGUGCUGGCCGAAGAGCUGAAAGAAAUCCAUGCCUUUUCUCAGAAAUCCUAUACGCCAGAAGAGUGGGAGAAAGUGCAGCAAGAGAAAUAA